AUGUACACUCAGACCAACAAGCCCUACCGCGACGAGAGCGUGCCCUGGCGCGAGUCGUACUAUGGCCAGCCAACUGCCUAUGCGAAGAAUACCCUCCCUUCCGAGCCUUUUCUUCGGUGCCUACUAACACCAGAUGUCCACAUGAUCAAGGCCCUUACCCGCGUGACGGGCUGCCACUAUCCCCUGGCCGAGCACGCCUAUUUCGUCUCCAACAAGGACUACGAGAAUGCCUACUACGCUCUCGGUGCUCGCGCUGGGCAAGCGAGCGUAGUGCACAGUCACUCAGCACUCCGCACUCCGCACUCCGCAGCGUCCACGCAUGACCCCAGCGUACAUGAACACCCAGAUGCUCUUUUCGUUCUUCUCUUCAUCCUCUCUCGUCUUCUUAUACUCCUUUUGCUUGCUUCACAUAACCAUCCCCAUCGACUUGAAGACGUCGAAAUGACAGAGCACGGAUCCCCUCCGUCGGCAGAUACCAGAGAAUUGACCGAGAUCGCCCAUCACAGCGCCUCAACAGGGAGCUCGUGGGAUGAAUCCCUGGCGCACUACACUGAAGCAGCAAACGGCGUGGAUCUCAUCGAAUCACCGGUUGCGGCGGCGGGGCAAUCGGGCCACAGCGGGGCCGAGGAACCGGCAACUGUCAGCGUGGGUCAGUUGGCGGUUGACUCCCAGACCGAGAUCAAGCCUGAUGUCGAGGACAAGGACUGCGAGAAGGACGGGAAGGACGGGAAGGACGGGAAGGACGAGAAGCACGAGAAGCACGAGAACGGUGUGAAGGACGAGAACGGCUCGAGGGACGAGAAGGAAGAAAACGAUGCGAACGGCGUGAAGGACAAGAACGGUUCGAAGGACGGGGAGGAAGGAGAGGUUGAGAGGGACGGGAAGGACACGGUGGCGGAAAGCGGAGAUGCAGAGGUGAAGGCUGAACCCAUCUCACCUGAGAAUUCGGGCAUGGGCCAGAGUGCGCCCAAGCCCACUCGUAAGCCCCGCUGGCCUCGUCGCAGGAAGAAGGCAGCCAAGACGAAACCGGUCGAGCCUGUUGAGUCUCUUGACACUGAUGCGCCUGCUGCGCCCGCUGAGCCGCCUGAGCCGCCUGGGCCUGCUGAGCCUGCUAAGCCUGCCGAUACAGAUCCCACAACAACCACUGUGUCUACCCAGCCUUCUGAGUCCUGUAAGCCCGCAGAGCCGAAUGCUGAGGCUACAGAGUGCACCGUGUCCAAGGCUCCCGCAAAAACACGCAAGGCGCGCAAGGCACAGAAGCCGCGAAAGAAACCCCAGCCUCAACCCGCCGAACCUUCCCCUCUCUCUUCCCCACCUCCAUCGCCGUCGAGUAUCCUGCCUCCCCUCGCCGAGCAGUCUGAACCCACCAAGCCGUCUCAGCCUGCCGAGCCGCCUCAGCGCACCGAGCCGUCUCAGCCCGUCCGCUCAGCGAGCACCUCGACCAAGGCCUCGAAACCUGAGCCUGAGCCUCAGCCGAGGAGAACUCGGACCAGGACCAAGCCUGCGCGUUUCCCUGCUCCUGAGCCUACUGCUUCUGUCUCGACUAUCCCCACUGUUCCGGCUGAGGCGGUUGAAGAGGCCGGAGUAGCGGAGGUGCCAGUGCGAAACAGGCUGUUAGACGAACCGCAGAACGAACCGCAGAACGGAGUCCGGCAGCCCGUCGCCAGGCGGACUCGUAACCGAGCUUCCAAGCGGAAAGUCAAGUCUGAGCCUCAGUCAUAA